AUGUCGUCUUCAGGCGCGCGCUCCGGUGAGCGCAUGGUGCAUCAGGACUUCAUCGCGCGAAUCCGUUUCUCCAAUGCCCUCCCUCCUCCGCCGAAUCCUCCGAAGCUGUUAGAUAUCCCCAAUACGGGUCUCGCGAGUGGACAGUACACGACCCCCGGAUUUGCCUCACGGCUCGCGAGAGAACAGCCGCUGAAUAUUGAGGCCGAUGCCGAGUUGGGUAUGCCCUUGGACUUGGUGGGCAUGCCUGGUGUUUUUGACGGCGAUGAACGAUCUAUCCAAGCACCAGUACAAGCCCCUGCUGUCCAUCCUCACGACCGGGCACUCCUCCGACCCAUUGCAGCCCUUGGCAAGCCCAAGGUGGCAGAAGCCAAUGUGUCCUUCCUUCGAAGAACAGAAUACAUCUCUUCAUCGACGCCAAAGAGACACGAGGGAGGAAACCCUAGAGCUCUUCUUGCCAAAGCGCGGAAACCCCAACGGAUGGUCCCUGAAGCUGCCGCCGAUUCGCCCCAAGUCAUCAAGCGAAAGAUUGACCGUGGCUUCGACAUUGCCCAACAAGAUCUCAAAGAUCCCAAACGAGUCAAGCACCCCACAAAGAAGCACCUCAAGGUCGUGGAUGCCAUGCCUCUCCUACCAGACUUGCACGCGUUCCCCGAUUCCGGUGCCUAUGUCACAGUCAAGUUCCAAACCAACCCCGUCGGCAAGUCCAACAAAUACGAUACACGUCUUCUGAGCGGUCUUCUCCGGCCUAUAGAGCGCACAGCAGCCGAAGAUGCCGCGUACGAAGCCGCCCUGGAAGCACACGAGCUUGACCCCGACAACAACCCCAAGCCUCAAAACUUGAUGAACUACGACUUUUAUCUGGGACAAAGCACCGCGGUGGCUGACAACUUCCGACGCAAGUUCGACGUCGAUGACCCAGACCACGACGGCGACGAGCUGUACACGCACCAGGGCGAGACGGGCGGAUACUUUCAGUUCAACAGGGUUCGAGCAUACGAGACGUCUCACGAGACGGAACUCGACCACCCCACCAAGUAUGAGGACGAGAUUCUUCUGGCAUACAACGACGAGGAUGUCUACCCGAAGCAAAAAGCCAUGUACUACUACCCCGUCAUGCAAAAGUCAACCAUUCGCCCGCAACGAACCAAGAACAUUGCCCGCACGAUUGGCUUUUCUCAAGAAGAGGAGCAGAUUGUCGACCAGUUGGACAUUACUGUUGAUGAUCCUACCGAGGAGAUGCUUGAUGCCAUGAGGAAAUACCAGGAAAAUCCACUUGGCUGGGAGCAAGAAGCGGAUGAGGAACCCACACAGGAUCAGGAAGGCGAAGCGGAGGACGAUGACGCCGAGCAAAACGGUAGUGAAAGGGCGGAUAGGCGAUCAGCUUCUGAGGAGAGAGACGCAGAAGGCGAUGAGGAUGAGGACUAA